CUUGGAAUUGCGCACGCACUCUUGUCAAGUCAGUCUGUAUUCACAUUGAAAUCUUUGUUCAAUGUAUUUCAAUAGUUGGACAUAAAAGAAGGAAAAUAUGUUCAAGUUAAUGAUAUCUUGGUGCUGCAUUAUAGUGGUGUGUAAAGGUAACGUGUUUGAUAAUCUUUUGGACGAGUUUUGGCAGUGGCGCAUGCGCAAUAACCCUGAGUUCGCGAGUAACGUUGGCAACAGCAACUACACUGAUCUUCUUGAGGACUACAGCAUCGCGGCUAUCGACACGCGAAAGGAGUGGCUUGAGGAUUUUCUGACCAGGGUGAAAUCCUCCGUACAGCGGAACUCGCUUGACGCAGGGGAUAGCGUCACGUAUGACGUACUUGUGGACACUAUUCAAUCAUGGCUGGAUGGUUACGAGUGGAGAUAUUACGGACCGAUGAACCCCAUCAGCAUCCUUGAGGGCAUUCAGAUAACCUAUGGGUCGCGAGCAGAACUAGUGAAAUUCGAGUCGACAGAAAUAUUUGAGAAGUUUGCAACACGAAUCAAGGCAUAUGGUGACCAGAUUGACCAGAUAAUUACACGGAUGAAAAAGUCAUUAGAGAUGAAGACGACGUAUCAUUCCGUGUCUAUUUCGAGUGUACCGGCCGACCUGGAUAAAAUGUUGGUGUUUGAAGGGAACAUAACCGGCUUCCCUAUGUACGAGCCGUUCCGUAGUAAACUGGACGAGAAGGAACCCAGUUCAACAGUGCGAGCCAUGAUCCGGGCAAAAGCCGAACAGAAUAUCGGUUAUCUUCUUGGUCAAGUCCGGACACUUAAAGAUUUUAUAAGUAGUACGUACAUCCCGAACGUGCGAACCACCCUGGGUGUGCUAGGCCUUCCCAGGGGUAAAGAGUACUACCGGGCGUGCCUCAAGUGGCAGCUCUCCACCGACAUAACGCCUCAGGAGAUACACGACCUUGGUCUUGAGCGGGUCAAUAUCACAUACAUGGAAAUGGAGAAUAUAACCAGAAAAGCUGGCUUUAAUGGGACGGUGCAGGAAUACUUCGCACAAAUCAAGGCAGAUGACUCCAACUACGAACGGGACCCGGAUCGGGCACUGCAGAUGUUCAAGGACAUAAAGAAGGAGAGAGUGGAUCCUGUGCUGCACAAUUUAUUCGAGGACAUACCACCCAACAUCACACAUAUGAAGAUAGAGAAAAUGACGUAUAAUGGACCCCUCGGUAUUUACAAGAACGGAGCCCCCGAUGGGUCAAGGCCAGGCGUCUUUUACGCCAACGUCAACCAAAAAGUAUUGAAGAUGGAAAUCCCGGCGCUGCUGUCGCACGAGACGGAUCCCGGACACCAUUUGCAGGACGCGUAUGCCCUAACGUCGCCGUCCAUUCCCAUAUUCCGCCGCGCUACAGACUUCACCAAGUACUUCGCCGUCCCACUACACUUCCCCUUCUACACAGCUUACAUGGAGGGGUGGGGUUUUUACUCGGAAGACCUCGGUGAAAAACUUGGCAUGUACCACAACGACAAAGAAAAGCUUGGACAGUUGAGUCUAGAGAUAUUAAGAGCGGCACGGCUGGUGGUGGAUACAGGCAUCCAUAACAUGGGUUGGAAUAAGGAGCAGGCGGUAAAUUACAUGUUGAAGUACACAACUGGCUCGCGCGAGACCCUGGAGAGGGAAGUAGACCGGUACAGCACGUGGCCCGGUCAGGCGACCUCGUACAUGAUAGGCAAGCUCAAGAUCCUUGAGCUGAGGCUGAACGCCACUAACGAGACAUGUGGUCACUUAGAUAUCAAGAAGUUCCACAGCGUGAUUCUCAAGAAUGGCGCCAUGCCCCUCUCCAUCAUGGAGAAACUCGUGAAACAGUACAUCCGGGAUACGAGAGCAGCGCACAAUCUUCCGGUGGACACCCGGGACUGCCUGGAAGUGGCCGCCGCUCAUCAACAAAUACCUAGCUGUGUCAUGCUCAUCUGCUCAUUUUUCAUGGUCUUAACCGUGAAAAGAUAAUUGUGCAGAUAGAACAUAAAAUGUUUUUACAUGUUAAGCUCGAUUGUUCGAAGAAUAAUGAGAGCUAAACUACUAACCCUAGCGUCGCCGUCGGUUUCACCGUCGGCGUCACACAUUGGUGAAGGUUUUGCAUGUAAGCGCAUUUAGUUCAUAUCAUGUAUUGCAUUGGAACUUGAUAUAAGUGUUCCCAGUUAUCCAACCUACUUAAUGAAUCAAGUGGCAUAACUCUAUCUGUAGAAUUAUGCAAAAUAAGACCUAAAUAAAUCAACUUAUAAUUUUUGGAUACGGUUUUGUUUGUUAGCACACACAAACUAAUAUCUCUGCAACUACAUGCUCACUACAUGAUGUAUUAUAUUCAUUCUUUAUCCAACCAACCUUCUUAAUUAAUCAAGUAAGAUAACUCUAUUUUGCAUAAAAGUCAAAAUAAAAUGGCCCUUUAUUAAUCGGCUUUUCUAAAAUUCAUGUUCAGGCUUUGCAUGUUACCACAUUUAGAUCAAUAUAUCUGCAAAUAUAUUGCAUUUAAACUUUAGACAUGUGUUUAAAUCUGUCAACCCUACGCAAUUAAUCAAAAAAGAUAUCUCUAUUUUGCAUAUAAUGCAAUAAUUGCCCUUCUUUAAUUGACUUAAAAAUUCUGGUUAAGGUUUUGCAUGCAAGCGUGCAUAUUAGUCAAUAUCUCACCAACUACUAGGUGUGUUGCAUUGAAACUUUAUACAAGGGCUCCCAACUAUCACAUCUACUUACUAAUUAACAGUAUGUGUAUACCAGGUGAUAAAUUACGUCGUAUAUAUGCUACGUCGGAAGGCAACAUUUUGCUUAAGAUGAAGACUUAAAUCAAAGAUAACUUUUCUUUAACAACUCCAUUUUAAAUGAAACAAAGGGCAGUCUAUGCCGCUUAAAGAGCCCCACAUUUGUUUCAUUACCGAAAUUUGAUAAGGUGAUUAGUUUCAUCAAGACAGGGCCCCGUAAGCAGCGUAGACUGCGCUAAGUUGCAUUUAAAAUGGUGAAGAAAUCGUAAAGUUAUCUUUGUUUAAAGUAUUUUUUCAAAUCAAAAUAUUGCCUUCCGACGUAGCAUUUAUGACGCAAUUUAUCUCGUGGUAUAAACACACUGAUUAAGUUAGAAAAGAAUGCGUGCAUGUAAUGCAAAUGCUGUAUUGUUAAUGUUAGUGAUUCGCUAAACUCGCUGAAUUUAAAGCUGCACUCUCUAAGGUUGAAUGAUUUGACAACCUUUUUAUUUUUUUGUCUUUGAACGAGCCAAUUUUUGCGAAAAUCCAUAGAAAUCAGUUAUAUAAGACUGCUGACAAAAAAAAUAGAUCGCAGAUUACUAUAUUUAAGUUCAAACAUUGAUGUUUUAUGCAUUUUUUUAAACCGUUAGUAACAGUUUAAGCCAUAAAACAUUAAUUUUCGAACGGAAAUAUGAAAAUCUAUGAUCUGAAUUAUGUCAGCAAUUUUAUAUCAGAAAUAAUUUUUUUUGGUAAAAAUGGUAUAUCUGUGAGAGUGCAGCUUUUAUACUCGCAUAUGUUAUGAACUUUACUACUGUUUAUGUAUGCCAUUACUGUCAAAGCUAUAUGUUUAACUUUAAAAGUCGUUAACCUGUAUAUGAUAUCAAAGCUGACAAAACCUUGAUUUUUCCAUGUUCAUAAUGUAGUUUUUUAGUGUUACUCGCUGGAAUUCAAUUCACACACUUUUUAACAAUACGUGACAAAAUAAGGAGAUAUGGACCUAACAUAAGUUCAAUUUACGACGGAAUGAUUUCAUACACCGAUGAAGCAUCCUUACUUGUUUUUCUAUUUAGUAUUACGAGUACAUAGUUAUGACAAGUUUAUAUCACUAAAGCAUAUCUGUGAUUAAUCCGAUUAUUGACAUUGUUUAAAAAAUCAAGGAAAUAUUGAUUUUUCACUCUUUUACCCCGAUCAAAUGCUAUAUAUCUUUAAAAAAAAAUGAAGAUAACCUGCGUUGAUUUGAAAAGUUAUACAUCAGUGGCAUGACAACAUGUCAAGGCCUAAUAGGCCUGGGCCUACAACUUUUUUGAAAAAUGACAAAAUUUAAAUAACCCCAAAAUUCAAUAAAAACUAAAAGUUGUAUAAUAUGACGUUCUUAUAACAAACGCAAGUCUAGUGUUUAUUUAAACUAUGUGCUGAUUGUAUUGCUUGAUUUUAUUUUAAUCAUUGCAUUUAUAUUCAAGUUUGUGUAAUGUGCAUAUAAAAUGGAUCUAACUGCGCCUUUUGUUUUUCAUCUUGGAAUGCUCCCAAAUUGCACUAAUUUAGAAAUUAAUCUUCGAAGUGAGUAUCCCCGAGCUUACCUAUCGGACCUAUUUUGCCAAGCUACGCCCCUGUUUUUGUAUUAUUCCAUGUACAAUUGUAUUGUUAUAACUUGUUUAAUAUCAUUGUCUGUAAUUAAUCGUUGUUGUGUUAAUAAACUUAUAAAAAUA